AUUUGUCUUUAUUCUUUAUUAGGUACUGAGCAAGAGGUUCGCUCAGUUCCCUCAAACUAGUGUCGGUGCUGUUGGAACAGUUUUAUUCUUGAGAUUCAUCAAUCCAGCGAUCGUGUCUCCCCAAGAGAUGGGUAUAGUAAGUCGGCCCGUACCCGCUCAGUUGAAGCGUGGUCUAAUGCUGAUGUCCAAGAUAUUGCAGAACAUAGCGAACCACGUGGAAUUCUCUAAAGAACAACACAUGUUGCCGUUCAAUGACUUCCUUAGAGCACACUUCGAGCAAGGACGCAAAUUCUUCAUACAAAUAGCGUCGGAUUGCGAAAGCGUUGAUCAGACGUCGCAUAACCUGUCCUUCAUCAGCGACGCCAACGUAGUCGCGUUACACCGUCUGUUAUGGAACCACCAGGAGAGGAUAGGAGAUUACCUAUCUUGCAGUAGAGACCACAAGGCAGUCGGGAGGAGACCCUUUGAUAAGAUGGCGACUUUACUAGCAUAUUUGGGUCCGCCUGAACACAAACCUGUUGAAUCCACAUCCGGUCUUCUAUUCUCGUCGUACGCUCGAUGGUCCUCAAUAGAUAUGUCAUCGACAAACUUCGAAGAGUUCAUAGUGAAACAUAACAUGCAUGAAAAAGAGGAGUUCAAGAGUAUCAAGAGUCUGAACAUAUUCUACCAGGCUGGCACCAGCAAGUUAGGGAACCCUGUGUUCUAUUUCAUAUCCAGAAGAUACAAAAUCGGUGAAGUGAACGCCGACCUGCUCAUCUAUCACGUGAUCCUGACCCUGAAGCCGUUCUGCCAACAGCCGUUCGAGCUGAUAGUGGACUUCACGCACACAAACUCGGAUAACAGGUUCAGGACUGACUUCCUCCAGAAAUGGUUCACAGUACUGCCGGAGGUGGCUUAUAUAAAUAUACACGCUUGCUACAUUUACAACUGUAACAGCUGGGUGAGAGAGUACACCAAGUUCCACGAAGCCAUACUCGCGCCAUUGAGGGGCAAUCGUAAAUUAGUAUUCAUAGACAAUCACAGUCGUCUAAGCGAAUACGUAGAUAGCGAACAACAGAAGUUACCCGGAGCGACACUAGCCCUAGAGGAAGAUCUGAAGGUAUUCAACAACGCACUGAAAUUAUCACACAAGGACACCAAAGUUGCAAUCAAGGUCGGUCCUACAGCUUUACAGAUCACGUCUGUUGAAAAGACGAAAGUGUUGGGGCUGCCAGUGUUAUUGAAUGACGUUUAUUAUGCUUCCGAAAUAGAUGAGGUGUGUCUGGUAGACGACAAUCAGUUCUCGCUUUCAAUCAUUAACGAAGCUACACCUUUGAGCUUCAUACACAACGACUGCGAUAAUAUAGUACAAUCCAUCAUACAUAUACGGAAUAGAUGGGAACUGAGUCAACCGGACUCAGUAACUGUCCAUCAAAAAAUAAGACCUAAAGAUGUGCCCGGAACUUUACUUAAUAUGGCGCUACUCAAUCUGGGCUCGUGCGACCCUAAUUUGAGAACCGCUGCAUAUAAUCAACUGUGCGCUUUGACUGCCACGUUUCAUCUCAAGAUAGAGGGGCAACUGUUGGAAACAUCAGGUCUGUGCAUACCGUCAAAUAAUACGAUCUUCAUAAAAUCUGUUAGCGAGAAAUUGGCUCACAACGAACCACACUUGACACUUGAAUUUCUAGAAGAGUGUAUACAGGGCUUUAGAGGUUCUUCGAUAGAACUGAAACAUUUGUGCUUGGAAUACAUGACGCCGUGGCUCGCUAAUUUAGUCAGAUUUUGCAAACCAUCCGAUGAGUCUCGCCGUCAGAAGCAAGUGGCGCAAAUCCUAGAGAAACUAAUAACUCUUACUAUCGAAGAAACGGAAAUGUAUCCUUCGGUGCAAGCCAAGAUAUGGGGUUCAAUAGGACAGGUACCAGAGCUGAUCGACAUGGUGCUGGACAGUUUCAUACAGAGGAGUGUCAACUCGGGGCUUGGUUCUCCCAUGGUUGAGAUAAUGGCUGAUACGGCAGUCGCGCUCGCUUCAGCCAAUGUGCAGCUCGUAUCCAAGAAGAUCAUCGGAAGAAUGUGUCGGGCGUUGACCAAACUGCCAAAUAAUAUCCUGAGUCCCGUUACCCCAGCCACCGUGGUGGACAAGACUUGCCACGCGCCCACCGCCAUGCUGGAGCAACACAUGAUGUGGGACGACAUCGCGAUACUCGCCAGAUACUUGUUGAUGUUGUCGUUCAACAACUGCCUGGACGUGGCCCGCCACCUGCCGUACCUGUUCCACACGGUGACGUUCCUCGUGUGCUCCGGCACGGUGUCCAUGAGGGCGGCCACGCACGGACUGGUCAUCAACAUCAUACACUCGUUGUGUACUUGCACUACGCCCAGUUUUUCUGAGGAGACUCAACGCGUGCUCAUGUUGUCUUUGGACGAAUUCGCUCUGCCAAAGUUCUAUCAGAUGUUUGGAAUAUCCAAGGUGAAGUCUGCCGCCGUGACAGCGUUCAGAAGCCCUUACAACCGUCACGCGAACGAUUGUCGUUUUGCCGAACACUCGCAUCAAACAUGCACCGAGUCGAACUCUUCAAGUGGUAGUAACGUCAUAGCCAGCACUUCGUCCGCUGUCCCUUUUGCUCCAACGCACACGGAUAGAGAGAGACUACCGCUGCAGUCGCUGGAGACUAUAACCGACGCCCUGUUAGAAAUCAUGGAGGCUUGCAUGAGGGAUAUACCUGAUUGUGAUUGGUUGGAUACAUGGACGUCGCUGGCUAAGAGUUUUGCGUUCUGCUUCAAUCCUGCGUUGCAGCCGCGUGCUCUGAUCGUCUUUGGGUGCAUAAGUAAAAACGUGACCGACGAUGAUAUGAAGCAACUUCUACGUAUAUUGGUGAAAGCUUUGGAGUCGUUCAAUGACCUCGCUCUAUUGGAGGCUCUGAUCAUGUGUCUGACGAGAUUACAACCUUUGCUGCAUCCGGAGUCGCCUAUUCACAAAGCCCUCUUUUGGGUAUCACUGUCAGUUCUGCAAUUAGAUGAUCCGACACUUUACGCCGCUGGAUUAGCACUCAUGGAGCAGAAUCUACAUACGCUCGAUUCACAGGGACAAUUCGAUAGUAAGACGUUGGAACAAGCCAUGAUGGAGACGAGAGAACCAUUGGAGUGGCAUUUCAAACAACUAGACCAUGCUGUAGGAUUGAGUUUCCGAUCCAACUUCCACUUCGCCCUGGUGGGUCACCUCAUAAAGGGUUACCGUCACCCGGCGCCCGGUACUGUGUCCCGCACGUGCCGCGUGCUCGCCGCGUUACUCGCCAUCACGGCGCGCGGCAACGACAAGUUCCACGUCACACAUCACACAGUCGCUUACCUCACCGCCUUGGUGUGUGUGAGCGAGGAGGUGCGAUCCCGAUGUCACGUGAAGCAUUCGCUACCAAAAUGGCUGCCGGACAACUGU